AUGGAAGAAAAUCAAUUAUUGACUAGGAUGGAGGCUCUUGUUUCAAAUAAGUUGGCUGCUUUUGAAACGAAGAUUUGUGAAACGCAGAAACAGCUUGCUGAGGCUCAGAUAGCUAAAUUUCAACAGAGCUUUGUUUCCAAUGACAAUUAUCAAUUUCGAAAGAAAGGAAAUGAGGAGCAGUUUAAGAUUAAUUUCAAAGUGCUGGGCAGUCUACGUGAGGCAGAGGGUCAGCUUAGUGACAUGGCAGCUGAGGGUUCGUCAAAAGCAGAGGCAGUUCGGCAGAAAGUUGUCGAAGGUAUGAGCACUCUUAUUCACCGUCAAAAACUAAUUAAGUUAGCUGACUCAACUGAUUUGGGCUGGAGGGUUGUAAAUGAAUACGAGGCACACCCGCUAGCCGAAGAUUCGGAUGAUGAAAAGAAGAUCUUUCGAGCCCAGCUACAUGCGGACCGUAAAGCCAAGCAGGAAAGACGGGCCAGGACUAAGCGGAAUGCUCCAUAUGUAGUUCCGGCAACCAGUUCACAAUCGGCCGUGACGUCACCUUCAGGCGCACGUAUUCAGACGAUAGGUCGAAAACCGGGCUUGUGUUUUCGUUGUGGGAAACCAGGGCAUUGGCAGGCGGACUGUAAGAUGAGAUCUACGGAGGUACAGGAUGCUAAAGCGUCUCAGAUAAGUAGAUUUUAUGUAAAUCCUGUUUCAUUGUUGAAUAAUUGGUCAAAUAAGAAAGUUUUUGAUAGUAGAUCAAGAGAGAACAAUGAAAAGGUUCUAUCUCCAGUUGGCAAACUGCGGGAAAAUAUUUCCCAUUGGGAAAAAGCAGGCGCAAGUUUGAAAAUAGAAGAGGCUAUCAUCGACAACAUAUAUGAGGCAGGUGUAUCUCCAGAAGUCGCUCCAGCCCAACCAGUCGUGGACGCCCAACCUGGACAGCAAGCCGUGUAUUCACAACCUCUUCAACCCGGGCAACAAUAUGCAGGGCAACCCGGACAACCGUAUGCAGGGCAACCUGGACAACCGUAUGCAGGGCAACUUGGACAACCAAUUGCAGGUCAGCCUGGACAACCGUAUGCAGGGCAACUUGGACAACCGAUUGCAGGUCAGCCUGGACAACAAGCUAUGUAUGGAGGACUUGGAGGUGUUAUGGCCAGUGCUCAGCCUCCCCCGCCAGUAUGGAUGCCAAAACCAGCAACAGGAGCACCAAAUUGUCCCCAAGGACUAGAAUAUCUGACCCAGAUUGACCAAAUUCUCAUCAAACAAAAGAUCGAGCUAAUGGAAUUGUUUACAAACUGGGAAGCAAAGAAUAAAUAUAGAAUUCUUAAUACCCUGGGACAACAAGUUUAUUUGCCAAAGAGGGUAAGUAAAAUGUAUAAUUAUCUGUAUUUUACAUUAAAGUCAGAGACGUGUAUGAGACAGUGUUGUCGAGAAAACAGAUCUUUCACUAUGCAUAUAACCGACAACUUGGACCACGAAGUUAUCAGGCUUCAGCGCGAGUUCCGGUGCUGGAAAGAAUCGAACUGGUGUGCCUUCUCUGACUGUUGUGCCCACAAAAUCGCCGUCGAAGCUCCCGUCGGCACUGUCGUCGGCUACGUGCAGCAAAGACCAAGUUUUAUGGCUCCAAAGUAUAAGAUAAUGGACGCCGAUGAAAAGGACGUUCUCUACAUAGAAGGUCCAUGUUGCGUCUUCCAAGGCUGCCCUUGUGACGUCAAUUUUACAAUUUUCUCCGCAACCGAUGGGGAGACAGAAGUAGGGAAAAUUCAAAAGCAAUGGGGCAAUCUUCUUCAAGAAAUGUUCACGUCAGCAGAUAAUUUUGGUGUAACGUUCCCCAUGGAUUUAGAUGUUAAAAUGAAAGCUGUGAUGCUUGGUGCCACAUUUCUUAUUGUAAGCUAUCAAAAAUAUUAUUUUCACAGCUGUUAA